AUGCUUGCAUCUGAAUUGCUGGCAGGGGGCGGCGGCAAGUUUAAUGUAAAUGAAACAAAUAAGGGAAUCAGAGAGGAGGAUGAAGAAUUUUCUUUUGAAGGGUAUGAUAAAGAGGUUCCGUUAGAUCCUCUUUUGGCUCUUCUUUAUGCACGGCACACACUGACUUCACCGUAUUCUACAUCCGAAGAGCGACAAGUGGCGAUCUCAGCAAUGAAUAAAGAGAUGCUAGAGCACAACAUGGCACCAUACUUACGGAUUGUACGAGAAGCCUUGGAGUUAACACUGGACGAGUCCAAACUGCAGGAGAUGGAUGCCAUUAACACUGCAAAGGUAGAGGCUAUUGACACAAAAUUGAAGGAUGCCCAGGAAAAUCUUGGCGAUACUGAAGUGAGGGAUGCACUGCAGGCCAAAUGUGAUCACUACGCUCGCAUUGGUGAUUUCGAGGCAUGCCUUAAAUAUAACGAUGAAUGCGCAGCCAAAACGCUUGCUGUGGGUCGUAAACUGGAUCUGUACUUUCAGCGCAUUCGCCUCGGAAUCGCUUUCUCCGAUAACGAAGUCGCGGCCAAGGGCAUCAAAGAUGCGCAUCGUCUGAUGGUAGGUGGUGAUUGGGAACGACGCAACCGUUUAAAGGUGUACGAAGGCGUUUACCAUGUAAUGGUGCGAGACUUUCGUCGCGGUUCAGAGCUUUUGCUUGAUUGCAUCACUACUUUUGCCUCUGGUGAGUUAAUUUCAUUUAAAGACUUUAUUUUUAUCACCGUGAUAGCCAGCUUACCUGUACUUAGUCGCUCAGAUUUGAAGAGGCGUAUCAUAGACAGCCCUGAGGUGAUCAGUGCGGAAUUGCCAGAACUCUGUGAUUUUGUGAAUGCGAUCCAUGCUUGUAGGUAUCGAGACGUUUUUCCCGCGAUGGACGUAGUCUGCCAAAAGCAGCGACGUAUUGUCUACGUGUCGCCACACGUAAAUUACUUCUUCCGAAAGACUCGUGUUCUCGUCUUUACCCAAUUUCUAGACUCAUACAGCAGUGUGACGUUACAGUCUAUGGCAGCCACUUUUGGGAUUCCCUUGCCAGUGCUGGAUCAGAUGCUUUGUACUUUGAUUGCCAACGAAAGCAUCGCUUGUAAAAUGGAUCGAGUGGAUAAUAGUAUCACAACUUAUCGCGGUAAUGCUAUAAAUUUUGACUACCAUAACAUUAUAAAGAAUGGCGAUUUACUCCUUAAUCGUAUUCAAAAACUUUCCAGGUUGGUGGAGAUGUAA